ACGUCACGGUAGUAGCUGUCCUCGCGGCGGCGGUGCUGAACAAGAUGGCUGUGCGUCGCGUUACGAGCGGCUGAAAAAAAGGAGCGCUAAUAAUCACGAAUCGCGCGAUCGACAGCCGUUUACAACGAGAGGCUGGCCGAAAAACACCCGCUUGUUGAAUUUGAUGGAAGAAUCGUUAUCUGUUUUUGUUUUUGACAAGAGUUUGAUAGACGUUACUCAACGUCCGAAAAAAAUCUCAGAAAUCGUUUGUGUAGCAGUUUCCUUUGGUAAAAUAACGCAACAGGGCGCGGAUAAUCAUUGCUGAAGGUGUUUGUAUUUGUGGUGAGAGAUGUCACUGCUGUGUGUUGGAGUGAAGAAAGCCAAGCUCGAUGGACCGCAAGAGAAAUUCAACACUUACGUGUCGCUGAAGGUUCAGAACGUGAAAAGCACCACCAUAGCUGUGCGAGGAAGUCAGCCAUGUUGGGAGCAGGACUUUAUGUUUGAAAUUAACAGACUGGAUCUGGGCCUGACAGUGGAGGUAUGGAACAAAGGUCUGAUCUGGGACACCAUGGUUGGCACGCUGUGGAUCCCUUUGAGCAACAUUCGCCAGUCAAACGAGGAAGGACCAGGACAAUGGAUGACUUUAGACUCUCAGGUCAUCAUGGCCGAAAACGAGAUCUGUGGCACCAAAGAUCCCACCUUCCAUCGAGUGCUUUUGGACACACGAUUCGAGCUCCCAUUAGAUAUACCAGAAGAGGAAGCUCGAUACUGGGCCAAGAAAUUAGAGCAGCUCAAUGCCAUGAGGGAUCAAGAUUAUGCAUACCAAGAGGAGCACGAGAGACCGCUUCCGAUGCCCUCAACCCAGUGUUGUAACUGGAGUCUAUGGGGCGACCAGCAGAAUGAUGAUCCAGACAGCGCUGUUGAUGAUCGAGACAGCGACUACCGCAGCGAAACCAGCAACAGCAUUCCACCUCCAUUCUACACCACCUCCCAGCCCAACGCAUCCAUGCACCAGUACCCCAUCCGAAACAUGCACCAAGGCUCGCGCUACAACGACAUAAAUGACUACGACUACGAUAACCAGAGAGCCAUUAGACGCUAUGAUAGUUUAGACUCCGCCACCAACGGCCGCAGCGAUCUCGAUUCGGCUUCCGGCUCGAGCAGGCGGACCAGCCGCCAGUACUCCUUAGACAGUAGGCACUCGCUCUCCGAUAGCCCCACCGGCAGUAGCCGCUAUGCCUCAUCAGGCGAGCUGAGCCAUGGAAGCUCCCAACUCAGUGAGGAGUUUGGCCCCGAAGACGGCGAGAGCUUCAGAGGAUCUGGAGACUUCUACGACGAGAACGACUCCUACCACUCCUGCCAUUCCUCUGUUAGCUACGGUAAAGACUCACCCGUCUGGGACCCAGACGAACCACAGGGCGUCUACAGUGAUGACGGAGAAUACAACAAAGAUGGAGGUGAGGAAGGUGCUCUCUACGUUGAUGACGUUGAGAUCUAUGAACAGGACGAAGGGGAUUAUACUUAUGAAGAAGAGGAAGAGGGAAUGGUGUAUGAAGAGGAUGAAGACCUUUACCCAUUGGAUGGAACACUUAGUGAGGAGCAGGAGCCAUCCUAUACCCCCACCUCAACCAGCAUGGCCCCAACACUGGCACCUGAGGCACCCACCAGCCGUCCACCACUGGAGAAACAGGCUUCAAUGCACCAGCAGCAGCCUUCGCAAUCUCAACCACCAUUCCAGACUAUGGACCCUAAAAAGGAGUCCUCAGCCCCACAACAGCUGCAGGAUGUCUUUUCCAAGGUGCCCCAUACUACGACCCCACCUCGGGUCUCAGAAUUGGAGCCGUUUGACCAUUCAGAGAAGGUCCAGAUGCCUGCAGGCAACUAUGAAGAAGAACAAGUGCCUACCCCUGUCACAGAGGUCAAGCCUGAAACCGAACAAGAGAAGAAGGAGGUUCCACCUGAGAGCAUACCCAAAUUGGAGCCACCAGUUGAUCCUGCUGUAAGGGCCAAAGCCAACUGGUUGCGACUCUUUAACAGAGUUCGACUUCAGCUGCAGGAGGCUCGAGGCGAGAUUCCGGGACUUGCGUCACUGUUUUUGCAAGCAGGGCCUGGAGGUGCUCUCUACAGCAUAGACAGCAUGCCUGACCUUCGCAAGAGAAAGGCCAUCCCUCUCGUCCGAGAUCUGGCAAUGUCUCUUGUCCAGAACUCUCGAAAAGCAGGCAUCACUUCUGCGAUGGCCUCCAGCACCCUUAACAAUGAAGAAUUGAAGAGUCACGUCUACAAGAAGACCCUUCAGGCGUUGAUAUACCCCAUUUCCUGUACCACCCCACAUAACUUUGAAGUCUGGACGGCCACCACACCCACCUACUGCUACGAGUGCGAGGGGCUUCUGUGGGGCAUCGCUCGGCAGGGCAUGCGGUGCACCGAGUGUGGGGUCAAAUGCCAUGAGAAGUGUCAAGAUUUACUCAAUGCUGACUGUCUGCAGAGAGCAGCAGAGAAGAGCUCCAAGCACGGAGCUGAGGAUCGCACGCAGAACAUCAUCAUGGUGUUAAAGGACCGCAUGAAGAUCAGAGAGCGAAACAAGCCUGAGAUCUUCGAGCUGAUUCAGGAUGUGUUCGGAGUGAUCAAAGCCACGCACGUGGCACAUAUGAAGCAGAUCAAACAGAGCGUUUUGGACGGAACGUCCAAGUGGUCAGCAAAGAUCAGCAUCACUGUUUUAUGUGCUCAAGGCCUGCAGGCGAAAGACAAAACCGGCUCUAGUGACCCCUAUGUAACCGUCCAAGUGGGCAAGACUAAAAAACGAACCAAGACCAUUUACGGCAACCUCAACCCUGUGUGGGACGAGAGCUUUAAUUUCGAGUGUCACAAUUCGUCCGAUCGGAUCAAGGUGCGUGUGUGGGACGAGGACGACGAUAUAAAGUCGAGAGUAAAGCAGAAGUUCAAACGGGAGUCUGAUGAUUUCUUGGGUCAGACUAUCAUUGAGGUGCGAACUCUGAGCGGUGAAAUGGACGUCUGGUACAAUCUAGACAAGCGAACAGACAAAUCGGCCGUAUCGGGAGCCAUUCGUAUGCACAUCAGCGUGGAGAUCAAAGGAGAAGAAACCGUGGCCCCAUAUCAUGUCCAGUACACUUGCUUGCAUGAGAACCUUUUCCACUAUUUAACAGACAUGCAGAAUACCGGAGUGGUGAAGAUACCGGAUGCCAAGGGUGACGACGCCUGGAAGGUUUACUUUGAAGAGACGCCCCAGGAGAUCGUGGACGAGUUUGCCAUGCGUUACGGAGUGGAAUCCAUUUAUCAAGCCAUGACACACUUUGCAUGCUUGUCGUCAAAGUACAUGUGUCCUGGAGUUCCCGCUGUCAUGAGCACUCUGCUAGCCAACAUCAACGCUUACUACGCUCACACGACUCAGGCCACCAACAAUGUGUCUGCCUCCGACCGCUUCGCUGCCUCCAACUUUGGGAAAGAGCGAUUUGUCAAGCUUCUCGACCAGCUCCAUAACUCACUGAGGAUUGACCUCUCCAUGUACAGGAAUAAUUUUCCGGCCAGCAGUCCUGAGAGGUUACAAGACCUCAAGUCCACUGUUGAUCUACUGACCAGCAUCACGUUUUUCAGAAUGAAGGUCCAAGAGCUCCAGAGUCCUCCUCGUGCCAGUCAGGUGGUGAAGGAUUGUGUAAAAGCCUGUCUCAAUUCCACAUACGAGUACAUUUUCAACAACUGCCACGAGCUGUAUAGUCGAGAGUACCAAACUGACCCGAGUAAAAAAGGAGAGGUUCCUCCGGAGGAACAAGGUCCGAGCAUCAAGAAUCUGGACUUCUGGUCUAAGCUUAUCACCCUCAUUGUGUCAAUUAUUGAAGAGGACAAGAACUCAUACACCCCUUGCCUUAACCAGUUUCCCCAGGAGCUCAAUGUUGGAAAGAUAAGUGCAGAGGUUAUGUGGAACCUGUUUGCGCAAGAUAUGAAAUACGCAAUGGAAGAGCAUGAAAAGAACCGCCUGUGCAAGAGUGCCGAUUACAUGAACCUGCACUUUAAAGUCAAAUGGCUCUACAAUGAGUACUGCAAAGAUCUGCCGUUCUUCAAGAGCCGGGUGCCUGAAUAUCCUGCGUGGUUUGAACCGUUUGUUAUUCAGUGGUUGGAUGAGAAUGAAGAGGUUUCUCGAGACUUCUUGCACGGUGCCCUGGAGCGAGACAAAAAAGACGGGUAUCAGCAAACUUCAGAGCAUGCGCUCUUCUCCUGUUCGGUGGUGGAUGUCUUCUCGCAGCUUAACCAGAGUUUUGAGAUCAUUAAGAAGCUGGAGUGUCCCGACCCGCAGAUCGUCGGACACUACAUGAAGAGAUUUGCCAAGACAAUCAGCAAUGUUCUGCUCUCAUAUGCCGACAUUAUCUCCAGAGACUUCCCCAACCACUGCACCAAGGAGAAAGUGAAUGCAAAGGACGGGGCUGUAAAGCCAUGCAUCCUAAUAAACAAUAUCCAGCAACUCAGGGUCCAGCUUGAGAAGAUGUUUGAGGCCAUGGGAGGUAAAGGUCUGAACGUUGAAGCUAGUGACAUCUUGAAAGAGCUGCAGGUGAAGCUCAACAAUGUCUUGGAUGAUCUCGCAAGGAUCUUCGCCACCAGUUUCCAGCCAAACAUUGAAGAAAACGUAAAGCAGAUGGGUGACAUACUUAGCCAGGUGAAGGGAACAGGAAACGUGCCAGCGAGCGCCUGCAGCAGCGUGGCACAAGAUGCUGACAACGUCCUGCAGCCCAUCAUGGACUUUCUCGACAGCAACCUCACGCUGUUUGCCAAGAUCUGUGAGAAGACCGUUUUGAAGCGAGUGCUGAAGGAGCUUUGGAAGCUGGUGAUGAACACAAUGGAGAAGACCAUCGUGUUGCCGCCACUGACUGACCAAACGGGCAGGGUGAAGCUUGCUUGUCACAGUGAUGGCACUCAGCUCAUAUUCAAUGCAGCGAAGGAGCUCGGUCAGCUCUCCAAACUAAAGGAGCACAUGGUUCGAGAGGAGGCCAAGGCGCUGUCCCCUAAACAAUGUGCUGUAAUUGAAUUAGCACUGGACACUAUAAAGCAAUACUUCCAUGCUGGAGGUGUGGGGCUGAAGAAGACCUUCUUGGAGAAGAGUCCAGACCUGCAGUCGUUGCACUACGCUCUGUCCCUCUAUACUCAGGCCACCGACAAACUCAUCAAGACCUUCGUUCAAUCCCAGAAUGCACAGGUUCAUGGAGGGAAGGGGGUAAGGUUCUCCCAUAGUGAAGACGUGUACCCGGAGAAGGGCACUGGUGUUGUUGAUGAUGCGGUUGGAGAGGUGUCCAUCCACGUGGAGAUCUUUACUCAUCCCAACACUGGCGAGCACAAAGUCACAGUGAAGGUGGUGGCUGCGAAUGACUUGCGAUGGCAGACCUCCGGAAUCUUCCGUCCCUUCGUGGAGGUCUACAUUAUUGGUCCUCAUCUCAGCGACAAGAAAAGAAAGUAUGCCACCAAGUCCAAGAACAACAGCUGGGCUCCCAAAUACAACGAGACCUUCACAUUCACGUUGAGUAAUGAGGUGGGUCCGGAAUGCUACGAGCUGCAGGUGUGCGUCAAAGACUACUGCUUCGCCCGCGAGGACCGUACCGUCGGCAUGGCGGUGCUGCAGCUGAAAGACAUCGCGGCAAAAGGCAGCGUAGCAUGCUGGCUACCGCUAGGUAAACGCAUCCACAUGGACGAAACCGGCCUGACCGUACUGCGGAUCCUCUCCCAGCGCAACAACGACGACGUGGCGAAAGAGUUCGUCAGGCUCAAAUCAGACCAGCGUUCUGCUGAAGAAGGGCGGAGCUAGGAAAGUAGCUAGCGUGUGGUAUUUUAGAUUUGGCGAAAACACUGCCCCCUGUUGUUCAGAUGUUGCACUAGCGCAUAGAAAAAAAAACACGCAAGGUAGAUAUUUAUCUCGAUUUAUUACUUUAAUGACCAAUCAUUUACAUAACAAAAUAUGUUUGUACUUAGUGCACUGCCAUUAGACCUGCCGGGAACUGCUUGUCUAACAAGCACAAUAUGGCACAUGAGGUGAAACGAAUACUUAAAUAAAGAUGUUUGUGAUGUCUUUGACUUUUAUAAUACAUAUUCCAAGACAAAACCUGCCAAACGGUCCUUAAAUACAUAUUUAUUCUAUUUGUUCAUACAAUCGCAAAACAUUUAAAGUAUCAGCACACAUGUCUUAAUAUAUAGAACCUGAAAAUACUAUUUAGAAUGUUAUAUUUAUAAUAUUUAUUCAAUCAAAAUUCUAGAAUUAAUAUUAAAAUAAUAUAUCAUUUAAACCUUGACAUUUUUCAAGCUGCAUGUAAACAUGACAGAGUUGCUACAUACAGUGCCAUUUCCUGACCUGUAAUGAUGUCACAUAAAAACCUCUUUUUGUGCCGCCUUCGAUCAUACCUGCAUCCUUUAAAGGGUGCUUUAUUGUCAGGUUAUUGUUUCGCCAGUCAGUGUGUAACCAUUUCACCACCAAACCUAACUUAACUUUCAAGAAACGCUCUUUAAUAGGGACCAAACCCCUAAGGGUCAGAUCUUUGAACAUUAUGCAAACUUUUAGAAGCACAAGUCGAUUAUAAAAAAGAGGCUCGCGGUAGCUUUCUUUCACAAGUCUUUCGUGUAUCUAAUAUGGUUCAUUUAUCCAUAAGCAUGAGUGGCCUGUCUAUGCCGUUUAGCAAUACGCUUUGGCACUAUGGUGUAAACCGAGUGUAUGUGCUGGAUUGACACGGCUUGUAUACUUGUAGACACCAGAGUUGCCUGUUUUAGUGAAAUCUGAUUAUAUGUUUAUCUAAAAAAAUAGGGAUUGAAAUUUAAUUCUAUUAAGCGUGACCUAAAUUAUGAGACAUUUACAUUAAAUUCUGCUGUCUGACCCACACGUAAAGAAGUCAUUCAGAAAGUAUCGCACAGCACACGUUCCUGUUUAAAUACAGAUAGAUGGAGCGCAAAAAAACGUGAGCUCACGGGUCUCAAAACGUUUAAAGAUUACUUUAAAUGUUUCAUUUUUCAACAGCCUUGAAAUGUGACUCUACCCUAUACCAACUUGUCCGGAUUUAUUUCCUAAGUUUUAAGAAGCAUCAUGGGAAAUAUAGUCUCUUUGUGUUUCUCAAUCUCUGCAUUCACACCUCUGAGAAUAAAUCCUAUAGAGUUGCCAUAGUAACCGCUGGUGAGUCCUGCCAUUUCACUGCCAAACCAUCCACCAUAAUAGAAAAGCACAAGAUGUCCAUUCCUUCCUGUGGCGGGAUUUACUCUAAAUGACAAACCUGCCAUGCAUGGUGAAAAUCUUAAGAGCGAAAUGAUCCAGAUAGCAUCACUUAUCAAACUGAAAUGUUAAGCACCUUGAGCUAUUUCUGUGUUCCACCUAUGCGUCUAUGCAUCUGUUCUAUCGAAAUCAGUUUGUAGUGAUUAGAAGUCUUGGAUUGUUUACAUUACGGAGCAACACGAACCGUUUUCUCGGAAAAAGGCCGUAAACGUCACUGUCACAGGAAAUAGCAUUAAUGAAUGUUCACUGAUUCUUGUUUCGUAGUUUUGCCAACAGGGCAGCAGGGUUGAAAAUAAUAGAAGUUUGGACAAUAGAAGUGUGUAAUAUUAUUGAUAUUCACAGACGAGGACAAAGACACAAUAUGAGCAUGUAGUAGACAAGUACACUAACAAGUGCAUACUGCUCGUAAUAACUCGACAUGCACACUCAGUCAGUGACUAUAUAUAAGAAGCAGUGCAUGUUGGGAAAGAUUUUCUCUUGUGCCAGCAUGUAUCGUUAUUGUGAUAUUGGAUUGUUGUCUUUGUUUACUUUGUCAUUUAUUUUGAUAUUGGGGUAUUAUUUUCUAUUUUUGAAAGGCUUGUGAAUAUAUAAAUAUGUAUUACUGAUGUGUAGUGGUACAGAGUACUAGCAUGAGAGGUUUUUUUAUACAAAGAUGUUUCUAAUUUUCGGUUUUCUAAAUAUGAUCGUUCUUAUCGGGGAUGGAGGUAAAACGCGUGCCAGGCUUUGGUUCGGUUCUACUUCCAAUAAAUGGAUGAU